UUUUCUUUCCUUCUUUCUUUCUUUCUUUUUUUUUCUUUUUUUCUCUCUCUUUUUUCUUCUUCUUCUCCUCUCUAUCAUACAUUUCAAUCAAUUUUUAAAAUGAAGUUCUCUGCCUCCUACACUGCAAUUGCCAUCUUGGCCUUGACUUUACCUUCUUUCUCCAUCGCUGCUGACCCUGUUCCUGCUAUUGGACCAGCCGCAGUGACGGUCUCGCAGAAACCGUCGGCUCCCUCAGGACCGCAGCCUACCCGCUCCAAUCCCCCUCUUAUUAACCCUGGUAAUGGUGGCAGCCCUACCCGUCCUAGCGCCUCCGCCACCACCACUGCUGAAGAAGACCCUGCGAAUCCCUCGAAUGGAAGCUCUUUGAUGGCCGCCAACUCUGUCUUCACCAUUGCAGGAAUAGUUAUCGCCUUGACUGCUGUUGGUUUCUAAAAGAAGAAGCUAAAAAGCUAAAAAAAAAAAAAAAAAAAAAAAACUCUAUACCAACCAGGAAGAGGGGCCGCAUAGACUUGACUUGUAUAAAUGUGUAUAAAUUAUUUAAGCGACAAUCGAACUUGUUUAAUAAAUGGAAC